CUCUGAGGGAUCAGGAGUAAGACAAACUCGUUUCAAGUGCUCAAAUAACUGCAAGAUUUGCGCGACUCACAUUCUAAAUAAAGUUUCUCUGGUGAUGUAGCUAUGUACAAUGACCCAGCAGCUCUUUCUCUUGUAUGCUUCUUGUCAGGUCUGAUGUCCAGACCGUGUGCUCCUUCAUGUGUGGUCCAGUUGAACUCUCCUUGACCAUUAGAUGGACCACAAACAGACCAGCAGCUACUGCGACCGCACUUCACAACUACCUCACCUUGAUCCCUUUACCUUUGAACGCUCAACCCUGACCCAUACUCUUAACCUCUAACCCCUCACUCCAAACCCAUAACGUUACUCCUCUCCUCUCCUCUCCUCUCCUCUCCUCUCCUCUCCUCUCCUCUCCUCUCCACCAUGUUAUCCCGUAUCCCUACGGUCCUCCUAGCUGUGUUGUGUCAGUGUGUGCUAGUGUCUCUGGGGGUGGACCCCCCUCACCCCCGUCGAGAGAUCCGGAUCGAGGGAGACCUGGUCCUGGGGGGGCUGUUCCCAGUCCAUGAGAAGGGGGGAGGGAUAGAGGAGUGUGGGAGGGUGAACGAGGACAGAGGGAUCCAGAGGUUGGAGGCCAUGCUGUUUGCUAUAGACAGGAUCAACUCUGAUCCUACUCUGCUGCCUGGAGUUAGUCUAGGAGUUCACAUACUGGACACUUGUUCUAGAGAUACAUACGCACUGGAACAGGCGCUGGAGUUUGUGCGUGCAUCUCUGACCAAGGUGGACGAUACAGAGUUUAUUUGCCCUGAUGGAUCCUACGCUCUACAGGAAGACAUUCCCCUGGCCAUUGCUGGAGUUAUAGGAGGAUCCUAUAGCAGCGUGUCUAUACAGGUGGCCAACCUGCUGCGCCUCUUUCAGAUCCCUCAGAUCAGCUAUGCCUCCACCAGCGCCAAGCUCAGCGACAAGACGCGCUAUGACUACUUUGCCCGCACGGUGCCCCCUGACUUCUACCAGGCCAAGGCCAUGGCAGAGAUCCUGCGGCUGUUCAACUGGACCUACGUGUCCACGGUGGCAUCAGAGGGAGAUUACGGAGAGACAGGCAUUGAGGCUUUUGAACAGGAAGCACGUAUGAGGAACAUCUGCAUCGCUACCUCUGAAAAGGUGGGCCGCUCUAACGCUAAGAAGUCCUAUGAGGCAGUGAUCAGGCAGCUCCUCCAGAAGCCCAACGCCCGCGUGGCUGUCCUCUUCCUGCGCAGCGAUGAUGCUCGGGAACUCCUCUCUGCUGCUGCACGACUCAACGCUACCUUCAUCUGGGUGGCCAGCGACGGCUGGGGGGCACAGGAGAGCAUUGUCAAGGGCAACGAGGCCACAGCCGACGGGGCCAUCACCCUGGAGCUGGCGGCCAAUCCCGUGCCGGCGUUUAAUCGCUACUUCCUGUCUCUGGAUCCAAUCAACAACCACCGCAACCCCUGGUACCGGGAAUUCUGGGAGCAGAAGUUCCAGUGCUCGCUUGGCGGAGGGGGUGGAGGAGGAGCUGGGGCAGGAGGAGUAGGGUCAGGGGGGACUGUGUCUCUCUCUCUCCCUCCCUGUGAGAAGGGUGUGUUGGUGGAUGAUAGUAACUUUGAGCCGGAGUCCAAGAUCAUGUUUGUGGUGAAUGCAGUAUAUGCCGUGGCCCACGCCCUCCAUAAGAUGCAGAGGACAUUGUGUUCCAACACCACCAAGCUCUGUGACAGCAUGAAGGCUCUGGAUGGACGUAAGCUCUACAGAGACUACCUCCUCAACAUCAGCUUCACAGGUCAGUACUGUAGACUACCUCCUCAACAUCAGCUUCACAG